AUGUCCGAAACGGACGAGAACGUUUCUGUACCUAUUGUCAAUGAUCUGCCCCAAGAAAAUCCUCAACCAGCACUCUUAGAACGCAAUGAAACAAGUACCGAAACAAGUUCUACAAGCAAAACCCGUAGUGGACGGUUAGUUAAAAAACCUGACAGGCUAGGUAUAGACACAUAA